AUGGCUAAAAAGGAAGGUUCCCCACUAUACUCCGACUCCUUGUCUUACACAAGCAAUUAUAGCAGGAAUCGGGGUCAGAGCAAAGCUUUUGUCAUAAUUGUAACAGUUGGACUGUCGCUGUUCUUGGUUCUCGCAAUAGCUAUUCCACUAUCAACAAAAUCUAACGACAAGCGAAUUGAGACAAGGGUGGAUACGUUGGCUGAUAUUCAAAAUAAUAAAAGCAUUGUAGAGGAUAUAGUAGCCAAAACUCAGCUGAGUUCGUUACUUUUUGCUCUACCACCAUCCUUAUCUGCUUUUAAAAACAACAAAAUUAAUAAUGAAAAAGAGGAGAAUGAUAAGCCGUGGAACAAGCAUAUAGCUCCUGAAACUAAAAACCAUUUUUUCCGAUCGGGAGAUUCAGAAGAAGAAAAUAAAAACUCCUGGCGUCCGUGGAGUUAUAAUCAAAAAUAUCAACAACGCGCUUAUAAUGAUAAAAUUCCAUGGAAAACUGAACAUGACCACCUUAAUCAUCAAACUUCGCUCGAUAGCAAUAAUAAAAAACCUUGGUGGAGAAAAGGUAUGAAAAGCCGUUGGGAUAUAAACACUGGUCACAAGAAUGAUGAUAGGAAUAAUUAUCGAUUACCAUAUUGGCUGGAAAACUUUGAAGAUGACGAUGAACCUAUAAUGAGACACAGCGAAUGGAAUAUCGGUGGAAAUGACGACAAUAAACAGCGAUGGUAUUGGAGGCGUUCCGGGAGAAACGAAGAAGAUUAUGACGGUUACGAAGAAACUCAGUCAAAUGGCGAUUUCAGAUACCCAUGGAAUAGAAGACGUGGCAGAAACGAGAGAAAUUAUAAGUGGCGUGAAAAACAUGACGGAAACGAAGAGCAAAAACAUAAAGAACCGACCUUUCCUUGGUGGUUGCCGCUUUCAAAAAAUGAUUCAGAAACUAUGAGUGAAAUAAUAAGUAGUAAAUCAAAUGAUUCUUAUGUUAACGAUGACCAUAAAAACGAAUCUGAUACUGAAAAUAUAAAUCAUUCAUGGUGGCUGUCAGAAGAUUGGCGGUAUAGAAACCUGACUGAUGAAGAAAUUGGUAAGUUAGAUAAUUUUUGGAAUUGGUGGCAGCAAAACAUUAAAUCGUGGGAUGAACGUAGCGAAACAAACGCCAAGGUAGAUAGAAAAAAAGAGGAUCUUCCCCAUUCAUGGCGCAACAGAAAAUGGCAUUUUGAUGAUUCCGAGCCUUGGUGGAAUGAAAACAGUAAAAACGGAAAAACUAGUGACGAUUUUGUUUCUUGGCGAAGAAACAAUCAUAGAUUAUCAACUGAGAAUGACGACAAAUAUUUUGGUGACUUCACCCGCAAACCUUGGCCGGAACUCAAAAGCGAUUCAAAAAACGGCAGAUUUCUCGAAGGUGGAAUAGACGAUGAGGAUCAAAAUAAAGUAACGCUUGUUCCUUGGUGGGAACGCGAUGAAGAAAUCAAAAGAUGGAGUCCAUGGAACGACAGAAAAAAAUCCAGAUAUGAAAAUUAUUUUGGAGAAACUAAUAGAUGGGAAGAGUUAUCCUCAACUGAAAAUGACGAGAAAUAUUUUGGCGAAUAUACCCGCAAACCUUGGCUGAAACCUAGAAGCGAUUCAAAAAAUGACAGAUUUCACCACGAUGAAACUAAUAAUGAAGAACAAAAGGAAAUGACGAAUACCCCAUGGAGUUCAUGGAAAGACAGAAGAAAGCCCAGAUAUGAAAAUUAUUCUGAAAAUACUGAUAAAUGGAAAGAGUUUUUCUCAGAAGAACAAGAUAACGAACGCAAACCUUGGUUUGAUGCUACUAGAAAUCCUUACUGGUAUGACUGGUGGAAAAGAACAAAUAACGAUAGACAAGCAAAUUACAAAGAUGUAGAAAGUAAAAACGAAAUCGGCCAAAGUAAUCAUCCUGUUAGUUUUUGGCAAAAGAAAAAACAAAAUAUUAGAGACGCUGAUGAAAUUAAAAGUGAUCAUAAUUCAUGGUGGAAACCCGAAAACUGGAAUAAAAAAGAUGAUGAUGUUGAUUUAGCUUACGACUAUUAUGAUGACAUAUCGUAUAAAUCGUAUGACCCAUCUUGGUGGAGUGAAAGACGUAGAAGCAAAAAUUUCAACGAUGAUUUUGUUUCAAAGUGGAGAAUAGGACGUAAAUUUUCAAGCGACGAUGAUUCCGAACAGCAAGACCAAGAGUUAUAUAACUAUUGGCAAACGUGGUAUGAAAAACAAAAUAAAAAUAAUUCGACCGACAACAAUGAUUUCAGCAGCCAAACACGUAAACCAUGGUGGAAACCCGAACGCUAUGGAAAUGGAGAAAAAUACAAAAAUGGUGAAAUUGACGGCAGAGAAGAACAAAAAAUAUCUACGGAUAUUCCAUGGUGGUGGAGACGCGACAAAGAAAAUAGAAAAUGGGUACCACGGAAUGAAAGAGAGAAAUCUGAAAAAUCCGGAUUUGAAGAUCGUUUUGAAGGAAAAGAUACAUGGGAGGGGUCGCCUCCUGAAACACAAGACAACGGACGCAAACCUUGGUUGAAUGCUACGAGAAGUCCGUAUUGGUAUGAUUGGUGGAGACGAACAAAUAGUGAUGAUCAAGCAGGUUACAAAGAUAUGGAGAAUAGAAACGGUGAUGACAAAAGAAAUGAAAAGUAUCCUCGCUAUCCUUGGUAUCCCAGCUACUCAGAUGAUUAUGAAGUUGAUGAUAGAAAGGAAAAAAUUACAACAACUGAACCGGAAAGAUCAACAACACAAAAAAUGGCUUCACCAACCUGGAAAACAUUGGUGUUGUCAAAAAUGGCAACAACAUUACAACCGAAAACUAGUACGAAAAAACCAUCAGUUUUUCCAGCAUUGCAAUGUUCUGCUGUUCUAAAUGGCCAAAGGAUGGAUGUUGACUUAAAAGAUUACAGCAACCAACUGCUCUACGAAAUAGCCAGGAUACAGACAUCCAACAUUCCCCAGUCCUACAGGUUCGCCCGGUGCUCCAAAAUUUUUUAUUUCAUCAAUAAAAUUGGUGAUAAUUAUACGCCGUUUGGUGCACAUGUGACCUACAAGUGGCUGGAGUACUUUGGUCCGGACGAACGAACUUUAAACAUAUCAUUGUUAGCUACCGAGUCCUUCUCAGAUUGGUGGGAGGAGAUUGAUGACGAAAAUAUGUGGGAUAACGAAAAGUUUGAAAUUCGACUGAGCAUAAUAGCAGCUGUAGAUAAUUACGUGCUCACAUACGAAUGUUCCACCAAUGUCCCAGGAGAGCCAAAAAGUGGUUACAUCGUAAGACUCCUAUCUAAACAUCCCCACCAAGGUCUCAACCAAAAUGGUCAAAAUUUGCUCCAAUUUGCAAAUUCAAAAGGUCUCAAUCCUGGCAAACUUGAACCUCAAAUGAUUAACCAAUCCGAGUGUUCUUGGUAG